UAAAAAUCUUUUAAUAAAUUUUAGUAAACGUGUAAGACUUUAUUAUAUCAAAUAUGAAUGAAGUCUACGAAGUGUUAUUUACACGAAAAAGCGCUCUAUCGUUUAUUUUAGAAAAUAAAAUUAUUUUUAAAUUCCACUUCCGCCUUUUCCGUGGAGUAAAAAUGGCGUCAAUGUAAAUAGGGGAAUAGUCGGUGUUUGUGUACGCAGGCGGCGGAUUAGAUUAGCCGACUCUUCGUGGAAAUAUGUGCAGCUGAGGACAGUCGGACAUGGAGCAUUUCGGGAAUUCCAUCCAGCCGAGGAAAAUUCUCUGGAAUAUUUAUCCAAGAAGGACUUUUCUCACUUCUUCUUGUGAAUGCUCGCGUAGUUAGCCUAGCCGGACACCGGUUUAGCAAGCUAGCUAGUGUCAACUAAACCUAACUAGCUUUCUAAUAAGGUUAAACAUCUGUGUUAUCUACUAGUCAUAAUUUACACUAAUGGUUAGAGUCCUUUAAAAUAUUUGACUAGGUUUUAUUCCAAACUUGUGGUUGUUGUAGCUGUGUUUAAUUGUUCCUUGAAUGACAGGAGGUGCACUAUAAUGCUUUAAGUUGACCUGUACUUUAAUUAAAGAGAGAAGGAUCACUGGGAAGGGAGAGAGAAAAAAAACAUGUUUCCCUGCAUGGUCAGUAGGAAAAGAAAUCCAGUUUUAAUCGGUAAAAUAGGUGUGAGAAGGAGUCCCAGCUUCAGCUGCUUGGUCAUGGUGCUGCUGGCUGUUGCUGUCUUUAGUGGCAUUUUGUGUGGAGUUGCUGCUCAAGAUGGCCAGGCCAUGUCUGCUGAGGAAAAGUCCAACAUCAGGGAACAAAUUUUGGAGAUGUUUGAUCACGCUUAUGGCAGUUACAUGAAAUACGCGUACCCAGCCGAUGAGCUGAUGCCGCUGAGCUGCAGAGGGAGGGUUCGAGGGCUGGAGCCAAAUCGUGGAGACAUCGACGACUCUUUGGGAAAGUUCUCUCUGACGCUGAUUGACACUUUAGACACACUAGCGUUAUUGAACAGGAUGGAGGAAUUUGAAGAGGCUGUGAAGAAGGCCGUUACAGACGUCAGACUGGACAACGAUGUAGUGGUGUCUGUUUUUGAGACCAACAUCCGUGUGCUGGGAGGACUGCUCGGGGCGCACGUGAUGGCUGACCUGUUAAAGCAGCGGGGAGAGAGGAUGCAAUGGUACAGAGAUGAGCUGCUGCACAUGGCCAAAGACCUCGGCCACCGCUUACUGCCUGCCUUUAACACCACCAGUGGCCUUCCGUAUCCAAGGGUGAACUUGCGCUAUGGAGUACUGAACCCUCUGUCCCGCACAGGCACUGAGACGGACACCUGCACGGCCUGUGCCGGGACCAUGAUCUUAGAGUUUGCUGCACUAAGCCGACUCUCGGGGGAAUCUGUGUUUGAGGAGCAUGCACGGAAAGCACUGGAUGUCCUCUGGGAGAAGAGGCAAAGAGGAAGUAACCUUGUGGGCACAGUCAUCAACAUCCAUAACGGAGACUGGGUCCGCCGAGAUAGUGGUGUUGGAGCUGGAAUAGACUCCUACUAUGAGUACCUGAUGAAAGCGUAUAUUCUUCUGGGAGACAACGUAUACCUCGAGAGGUUUAACACUCACUACACUGCCAUAAUGAAGUACAUCAGCCAGCCUCCUCUGCUGCUCAGCGUGCACAUGCACAACCCCACGGUGAAGGUGCGCAGCUGGAUGGACUCUCUACUGGCCUUCUUCCCUGGACUGCAGGUUCUAAGGGGAGAUCUGAAGCCUGCUAUAGAGACACAUGAGAUGCUUUACCAAGUCACCAAACAGCACAAGUUUCUUCCUGAGGCUUUCACCACUGAGUUCAGAGUUCACUGGGGUCAACACCCUCUGCGGCCAGAGUUUGCUGAGAGCACCUACUUUCUUUACAAGGCUACAGGUGACCCAUAUUACCUCAAAGUGGGCCAGUCUAUAGUUGAGAAGCUAAACACUCACGCCCGGGUCCCCUGUGGCUUUGCAGCAGUACAGGAUGUAAGGACGGGGACACACGAGGACAGGAUGGAUUCCUUCUUCCUUGCUGAGAUGUUUAAGUACCUCUAUUUGCUCUUCACUGAGAAGAGUCAGUUGCCUUUUGAUAUCGAUGACUAUAUCUUCACCACUGAGGCCCAUCUGCUCCCAGUCUCUCUGUCUAAUGCGCAGACUCCCUGUAAAGGCAACAGCACGGGCCUUUACACUGCUCCUGAAGAGGACAUGUUUACAUUUGCUUGCCCCAGUGCUCAGACCCUGUUCCCUAAUAAUCCCUCCUUUGCCAAGACCAUCAGGGACCGUUACAAAUACCUCACCGGGGUCGGCAGGCCACCCCAUACCUCUUCUGUCAGAGGGAUUGAGCUGCCUCUUCAUGACACUGGAAUUGAGCCUGUUGAGUUCCUGAAAAGCAUGGGCAUCUCGCUGACCCCUCUUGCAGAAAUGGCAGCGGCCAGCAGUGGUUUGGUGACCCAGGAUGCCCAGAAAGGUGUGUUCAGAGUAAAGCUGGUAGCUGAGGUCAGCCACACACCUGAAGAAGAGGAGGUGGUGCCACUUAUCGUGCAGCUCAUCUCUCCUCCUUUUUUGGGGAGAACGGUCUUGACAGCGGGACCUGCUAAAUUUGGAAUGGAUCUCACCAAGCAGGAGCAUGGGGUCAAAGGUAGUAUAAUAAAGAGCAUUCCAUACACAGCGUGUGGACACAUCGAGAAUGCAAUGGAGCUGCAGGGCCACAUAGCUGUAGCUCUGAGAGGUGACUGCAUGUUUGCUGCUAAAGCUCGGCGAUUACAGCAGGCGGGGGCCAUUGGAGUCAUUUUUAUAGAUCAGCGAGAGGACAGCAGCAGUGCCGAGACCCCUCUGUUCCAGAUGGUGGGAGAUGGGGAGUCUACAGAGGACAUCACGGUGCCGCUGGUCUUCCUGUUCAGCCGAGAAGGCGACAUUCUUACUGCCGCCCUGCAGGAGCACCAUAACGUAGACGUCCUCCUCCUACCUAAAGAGCGACAGCUGGGAAAGGAAAAAAAAGAGAAACUGAACAUCAAAUUCCGUCUGGCUAAAGAGAAUGAGCACGAAGACACUGCAGGAGAGAGAAAUACCAUCCGGCUGGUGCUGGAAGGAAAGGUGGAGCCUGAGUUCGAAACUGAGCAAGAAGUCCAAGAAUCACAAACUGAGAGCACAGUGUUCUCUGCAGGGGAAAACCAGGAGGAGUCCUGUAGCCCAGAGCUGAACGAUUUCGAGAGUGGCCCAUGAUGCUGGAAUCGGAUCAGUACCUUGACCGCUUCGUUCAUGCUCGGGCCGCGGCUGAUCUAGGAUCAGAGAACACGGGCUAGACCUGGUCCUGACUGAUCGAGCUCGGUAUACGCCGGGUCUCACAUGGACUGGACUGGUUUCUACUCUCUUAUAUUGAAGAACCGGGUUGAUUCGUGUAAUUUGUAGUUAUUGGGACAAUGUAUGGUAUUGGAAGCAAGUAGGAGAGGUAUGCAAAGCUGUAGUUUUACUUCCUCCUUCUUCCAUCUACUGCCAUGACAUACCGGUUGGGAUCGAUUCAUCUGUGUGAAUAACGGGUGAAAUAAUUCAUGGUUAAGAAAUGCACAGUGGGCAGUGAGCUACAGUAAGACACACUCAGGUCCCAACACUUUUAUGAUUAUUACCCCCCCCCAUUUAGUAAUUUUUGUCAUUAAGGAUUAUUUUCUUGGUUGUCCGUUGACUGUAGAAGGGGUUUCAUGGGAACAGCAAACGAUUUGUUCAGUGUUCUGCUUAAUUGUUUACUUAUUUUAACAAGGACACUUGAAAAUCCAUGCCAUGACUCAGGUCACCUAUGACCAAACCAGAAAUAGCAGAAAUACAUUGGGAACAUAACGGUUGCACAGGGAAGAAAUGGUCCAGCAAUUUAUUUUUCAAUACUGAAAUCAGGGAAAUUAAAAAGUGCUAAAACUUGAACACGCGCAUGUCCGUGUGCAUGCAUAAACGUCACGGUGUGUAUCUGUGAAGACUGCGAUGUUCUUACACUAUGGACUUGCCUUAUGUGCCAACACUCGGUUUGUGGGGUGGUGUGUAGUCGUUCAUUACACCAUAGACGCAUUCAUUAAUCAUCUCUCACAGAAUGAACAGUGUCGGACGUUUCUGAUGGUUUUGUAGCAGUUCUAUUUUACUUGAUUCCUUUUCCAGCAUUAGUCCUCUCCUGGUUUACGUCUAUCCAGUUCCGUUGUACGUCCUCACAUUAAACACUAAUUUGACCGUUACAUUGUUGAGAUCAAGAUCAAGGGUCUACAACUAGUAGACUACAACAGUUGCCUAAAAUUCUUCAGUUAGAAAGGAACUAACAUGGCUGAAUGGUGACCAGUUAUGUUUUUAGUAAGGACGACUAAAGUGGAUAUGUUUUGUCCAGCAUUUGUGGUCUGAAUUUUAACCAGCAUCAUGGAACAGAUGACACACAUCUGUUUUGAAUUUAAUAAUUGAAUCUUGAACCUAUUUCUUGCUGCAUUUUUUUCCCCUUUAUUUUUAAUUUUUACAAUCCACAUUGUCAGUUCAGUAAUCGGACCAGAGCCGGUAAAUAAUGAAAAUAAAAUCGCUGAAAUAUGUAACAGCGCUCUAGCUCUGUAGCUCAUGAUGAGCUUCCUUUAGUUAAAUCAUUUCCAUAAAUGCAUUUAAUACAGGAUCUGCUACCGCUUUGUGUUUACAGAACUAUAGAUCAUAAUCUACAGCCAUUUUCUCCAUUCAUUUCCAUUCAUCAGCUUCUGAUACUGGAUUUCUUCUCUCUGCCAAAACACAAUGUUGGGUCCAAAUCCAGAUCAGGUUGACGACCCCCGGUCUAGAGGACAGGAGUAGAUCGGCUUCAUUACACAGAGGACGUUUGUGCAUUGCCAGCAGCCGCGUGUGAUUGUGUGUACACGUCUGUGUUUGUGUUGACUACAGCCUGUGUGAAUCUUGAAGCAGGGUACAAUCAAAUGGUACCUUCUGGAGGUAAUAUAAGCCUCUUCGGUCUUGUUUAUGAGACGGAAAAUGAGAAAUUGUGCAACACAUCUGAAGACAAUUUUCAGCCAACUGCCUUUGAUGUUUCCUGCCUACCUGAGAAAUACAAUACUACACAAAAUUGGAUCUGUGCAGUAUGUUAUUUAUUAACACUUACAUUCUCUCACAUAGGAUAUGGAGGUGAUUAGAUUUCUGUACUGCUUCAGCUGUAUGCAAGAGGAAUCGUCCUCUGUUUCUAUAAAGGGCUUGAUAGAGAUUAUUUUACUACUCGAAGCUGAUGUGAUAUUUAUUCCUUAAUGUAUUUUAAAUAUCAGAGACAAUGUGUUAUUAGGGAAGAUUGGGUUUAAAGCCAAGUUGAGAUGCUAAUAUAAGUGCCAGGUUGUUUUUUUUAUCUUCUUCUUCUUCCUUCCUGGUCAGUCAGUAAUCAUCUGUUCUUAUAUUAUCAUUAGUGUACUGCCUAUUUAUUGAAUGAAAGCAAGGUCAAUUUAUAAAGGGGUGAGAGAGAGAUGGAAUUUUAUAUUUAAAAAAAAAAAGAAGAAUAAAAUUAAUUUUAUUAAUACUUUUUUUAUUUAAUUAAAGGUUUUUAUUUAUUGC